GCCAUGGUGGGAUCGGGCUGGGCCCUACCCGGGGGGCUACAGAAAGGGAGACUGGGUCCAGUGGCUUAGAGAGUGGCCACAGGUGUGGGGAGAGGGAAGUGCGAAUGGGUCAGAUGGAACAUUCUCUCUAGGGCAACUCUUGGAGCAAUUGCCUCAGCAGCUGUGGAGUGAGGCAGUCCGCUGACCCCUUUCGCCUUCACUCCAGCUCUGAGAAUCUGCUUUGGUGGAUUCUCGAAGUCCCUGAGAGUUGGUAUCAGACAACUGAGUACCUCAGGCAUUCCCUUUCCUCCCUGGGCUUCAGGCUCCCCAUGGAGACAGACAGGGAUGGUCUUUAAAGCUCUCCCUCCCAGGGCUGAGGUUCCCCAGCGGUGCGGUCUUCUUUUGCCUAUGUCUGCACUCUCUCCUUAGACCCCGUUGUUCUGCCUCAGACAGUCUCAAGAUUUCCUCUUAUCCAUCCUGGGCUGAGCCAAGUGUUAUUUUGGGGCCUGGAAGGGAACCAAUAGUUAGGUGCCAGACACUCAUUUGAUUAUUUUAAACACUCCAGGAAGGAGACAUUUGCUAGGUAAGGCUCAGAGAGGUUAAGUAAUUUGCCCAGGGUAACUCAGUCAUUAAGAAGUGGGCUCAUCUAUUCUGUUUAUUCUUCCGGGCCGCACCAUGCCAAGUGUCCCACCCUCCCUGCGGGUAGUGGAGGUGGUGACUUGUUUCAUUCUGAACCAAGCAGCAUGCUGAAAUAGAAAUGCAGAGAGCCCUAGUGGUAAGAUUUCAGGCAACAAUGAAAGAGACAAAGGAGAAAAAAACAAAAGUGGUUCAGGAAAGACAUGAAAAUCAUACCUUCCUCUCCAGCAGCAGCUCCUUCAAGAGUUGGGCUCUAAAACCACUUCAUUUUUAUUAACUGAAAUAAGCUUUGGGAGGAGGGGUUGCCUUGUGAUUUUAUCAAUGUCACAAACAUCCCCAGUCCCUGAUAAGAGCCAGGAAACAUUGAGUAAUGUGGGGUCCCAGGGAGCAUGGGGAGCAGGCGGGCCUCGCAUCUCCUAGGGAGCAGGAGUAAACUUCACAAGCCCUUACGCCCUGCAGGGGACUGAACAAAGGCACUCUCUUCCAGCCAGGCUCUGUGAUUCCACAAAUCCAGGGCGGUGUAGUGCAGUGGACAGAGCUCCGGACAUGAAAACAGACAAGAUACACCAAAAUAUUCCCAAAGAAUAUUCCUGGAAGCAGUCAGCCUCUUUUCUAUUUUUUUCUCUUAUAUUUCCGCAUUUUACAUUGCACAUAUGUUACUUCGGUAAUCAGGACAAACACAUGCUUAAAAAGUAAAGAGAGAGAAAGGGAGAUCGUGCCAUGGUCCAGGGGUCCGCAAGUCAGGACUCUGAGGUCAGCUGUGCCUGACUUGUGGUGUGGCUCUGGACUUCCUGAGGAAUCAGGGAUGUGACACCUGCUGCCUCUACUAAGGGACCCAGGACGACUUGCAAGGAGCAGGCUUAAGAGUCUGGAGAGGGGUAAGAAAAUAGAAUGAUCCCCAGCUGUGACCAGUUCACCCAAAGGUAUUGCUGGAUAAACCAAAUGAAUUCAGGCAUAAAGAAAAGUGAACACAAAAAACAAAAACCCCAGUGAAUCCAGAGGAACAGAGCUCCAGAACUGGGCGUGUCCUCUCAACAUGGCCUCCACCACCUCCCCUCUGCCGCCCACCACCGAGGUUGCAAGUUCUGAGAACAGCAGCUCCUUCUAUGACUAUGAGUACUACCUGGACCAGGUGGCUUUCAUGCUCUGCAGGAAGGAUGAGGUGGUAGCCUUUGGCAAGAUCUUCCUGCCAAUCUUCUACAGCCUGAUCUUUGUUCUGGGUUUGGGCGGGAACCUCCUCCUUCUAGUGGUCUUGCUUCGGUAUAUACCUCGCAGGCGGAUGACUGAGGUCUAUCUGCUGAACCUGGCCAUCUCCAACCUCCUGUUUGUGGUGACACUGCCUUUCUGGGGCAUUUCCGUGGGCUGGCAUUGGGUCUUUGGGAGUUUCUUGUGCAAGAUGGUGAGCACCCUCUACACCAUCAACUUCUACAGUGGCAUCUUCUUCAUUAGCUGCAUGAGUCUGGACAAGUACCUGGAGAUUGUCCAUGCUCAGCCCCACCACAGGCUGAGAACCCGGGCCAAAAGCCUGCUCCUGGCUGCCACGGUAUGGGCUGUGGCCCUGGCCGUCUCCAUCCCUGACAUGGUCUUUGUGCAGACACAUGAAAACCCCACAGGUGUGUGGAACUGCUAUGCAGAUUUUGGGGGUCAUGCGACCAUCUGGAAGCUCUUCCUGCGUUUCCAGCAGAACCUCCUGGGGUUUCUCCUUCCGCUCCUUGUCAUGAUCUUCUUCUACUCCCGCAUAGGCUGUGUCCUGGUCAGGCUGAGGCCCCCAGGCCAGGGCCGGGCUCUAAGGAUCGUCAUAGCGCUGGUGGUGGCCUUCUUUGUGCUGUGGUUCCCGUACAACCUCACCUUGUUUCUGCACUCACUGCUGGACCUGCAAAUCUUUGGGGAAUGUGAGGUUGCCAAGCAGCUAGACUAUGCUCUGCAGGUGACCGAGAGCAUCGCUUUCCUUCACUGCUGCUUCACCCCCAUUCUCUACGCUUUCUCCAGCCGCCACUUCCGCCAGUACCUGAAAGCUUUCCUCAUCACUGUGCUCAGGCGUCAUCAGGCACCUGGCCCAGCACAGGCCCCACUGUCCAGCUGCUCUGAGAGUAGCAGGCUCACAGCCCAAGAAGAAAUGACCGGCAUGAAUGACCUCGGGGAGAGGCAGGCUGAGCUCUCCCCCAGCAAGAGUGAUAUGGGGGAAAAUUAAGCCUGAGUGACCAUACCACAGUCUGGCGAGAGUGGAUGGGACCUACCUCUGCUGGGCAUCCACCCAAAGCCGUCUUACCAAAGGCUUCAGGAACCAUGUUGCCACACCCUGUGGUCAUCCAGGAAACCAGACUCUCGUGCACGAAUUGCUAGAGUAGCUUCCCAACUGACUGCUGUGCUUCUUGUCAUCAUGCUCUCCUGUCAUCUGAUCUGCACCCACAGGCCAGAAUGAUUACCUGACCCGCAGCCAUCACUCCAGUCUUCCUCAAAGUACCCCAGAUUUGCCAUCCACCAUUUGGCUCCCUUCCCUGGAGCUGAGCUGGGGAAGAACUGCUGCAAUAUUGUUUAAUGUCACAGUGUUGGUGGUGGCUCCAAGGGUCCGGGAAGCAGGAGGGGUGGGAAGGGUUCCACUACAGGGGCCUGGGGAACUUCCCUGGAAUGUGAGGGUUGGCAGGUGGGAGGCAGAGUGAACACGUGUUCCCAAUAGUCCAGGAGGAUCACCCUCCCUCUGCUUCCCAUGUCCCCUCCCUGAAGCCUUCGGGGGUCCCUGGGGCCUGCACAAUCAAGUCUAAAGUCUUUGUCCAGCUUCAAGACUGGAGCUUUCACAAGGAGAAUCCCAUUUACCAGCUUCACCUUAUACUCCUUCUUUACUUCUCAUUUCCUGGACACCAGGCACCCCUUGUUUCUUUUCUUUUAAGAUUCUAUUUGUUUAUUUGCAGAGAGAAAUCACAAGUAGGCAGAGAGGCAGGCAGAGAGAGGGGAGGAAGCAGGCUCCCCGCUGAGCAGAGAGCCCUAUGUGGGGCUCGAUCCCAGGACCCUGAGAUCAUGAUCUGAGCCGAAGACAGAGGCUUAACCCACUGAGCCACCUGGGUGCCCCACCCCUUGUUUCUUACACAUUUCCACCUCCCUGUUUUAUGCUUGCCCACUCUCUUGUGCAACAGGGGUCAUUUUUCAGCCAGCUGUCCUCUCAUCCUUGUUCUGUAAUGGAAUUCUGCUUGCUCUGGGAAACCACUUGUUUUUCCCUCUGCCUUGUGCUUUGGGUGGCAUUCAUGUAGAUCACAGGACUUGGGCCAUUUCCAGCCUUACCUUUCCCUGGCAUGGUGAUUCAUUUAGGAUGGGCACAGGACCCAGACAGAGCUUGUGAAAUGCAGCAACUAGAACAUGCUAGAACAGAGGCAUAAGAUUGAAGCCAAGUGGAUGUGUGGUGUGUGUGUGGGGGGGUUCUCCUUCAUCAACUCCAACUUCAGAGGGUGAGGUGAUAGCCCAGUGAGUGUGCAGACCCCAAGGGCAGUGUGGAAGCCCUGGAAUCCAGGCAUGGCCGAAGCUCAUCCCAGUCCUGGACCUGACAGUUACACGAACCCAUAUAUUCCUUCACGUGGGGCUGUUUUGUCACUUUAGGUCUGAUUCCUGGCUGAUCUGCCCUGCCUAAAUGCUUCCUUCUUCCUGUCUCCAGUGGUUAGCAUCUGUCCUGGCCACUGAAAACCUUUCCCCAGGGAGCCCCUGGCCCACAGUACAACCUAACCUGAAAAUCCAGCACAGAGCCUGGCAGGCAGUAAUGCAUGGAAGGAAACUUACAGGCGGAUAGACUAGGGGAGAUCACAAGAGAUGAUCUUGUGAUCUUGGAGAUGCACAAGAGAUCAGGGACCUUGCCACGUACUAAAUCGGUAUCCCCUGUGCUUAAGCCAGUGCUCAGAUGUAACAGAGGUUCAUUGAGCAUUUUUAAAGUGGAUGGAUGGGUAGAGAAUGGACCAGGUGGUCAGUAUUCUGUAUUCUGCCGUUCUUUCUUCUCUCUCCCCGAGCUUCGGAUGCUCUAGUCAUGGCCCCUGUGUCAUGAGCAGGGCUGUCCCCGGAUGUUGCCAGAGUUGACUCUGCUAUGCUUUGCUUUUCCCGUCCUCCAUCUCACUCAACUCCUGUGCCUUUAGUUCUCUCUCCCAAGGCCCCAGAUUCCCACUGUCACAAAGGACUCUGAGCUCCCAUGGUGCCCUAGGAAACGGAGCUCUGGCUCUGAAGGUGCUGACUUGUUUGAGGAUGUGGGGGAUGCAGUUCUACUUUAGAGCUCCUGAAAUCUGCCUCAGGACCUCAGGCCUGCACACAGAGCAGCCUGACUGCACUGACAGGGUCUAGCGACCCAGAGUCUCCGACAUUGCAUCCAUGAUGCACAGAUGGAAUGGGACAAGGUAUGCCAGCACCUGGCAGGGCUUGUCCCUAGCACUGGUGUGUGUGUGUGUGUGUGUGUGUGUGUGUUGCCGUGUGGGCUGUGCAUAGUACAAAUGGCUGUGUAUGUGGGUCCGACAUGAACAUGUCACUGUGUCUGCAUGGGCCUGGGUUUGGGCCCGUGGGUUUUUUGUGUGUUCUCAUGUGUCUUCCUCUAGGUGUGUAGGUGUGGGUAUGUGCUCUCUGCAAACAGCAGGUGUAUAAGAAGGGAUCUGAAGCCUGUGCCCAAGGAGAAGGAGAAGGGCUGGCCACAGGUGACAUGUUGAUCCCUCUCACUGUCUUCCUUACCAUUUACUGCUGCUGACCAUGUUGAGGGCUCUGACUACACACAGACGGCACUGGUCAGGGAGUGAAUUGGAGGUGGGCUCUCACAGCCCAGGCCAGGACAGAACCCCCUUCAUCCUGACCAUACCUCCCAGCCUGGACAUUGGUUCCUCCUGCUGCUCUUUCUUGGGAAGGAAAGCUCCCAGGAUUCUCUUGGCCCUCAGAUUCCGCGACGCAAGACGGACUUUUCCCCUGGCUGACCCAGGAAGAAGGACAGGCACGGCUCUGCCUGGGAGCAAGGCUGCCCACCCUCUACUCUGUGAAGGUGUGAGGGUUUACAGCAGUUACUACCUAUGGGGGUGGUGGUGGAAACAACCAAACCAAACCAACACAAAAACCUCUUUUCUUUCCCAGAUGCCUGCAAAUCUGCCACUGGCAUGUUACCCCAGAUCUCAUUCUGUUAUAAGCUAUCGUCACAGUAUACACAUUGUGGGCUAUUCUUUGAGGGAGAAGAAACUGGCACAGAAAUGAGGAUUGCGGGGUCAGGUCUGUUGUGUCAGAAUAGGUACUGACUAAAUGUAUCCUUGGGGGUCUCAGUCUUCCUAUUGCCUCAAGGCCCCUGGUAGGGAAGGAAGCGUAGUCUUCAUAGAGAGUGUGUCCAGCCCUUGUGCAAAGCAUAUAGGACUACAGUUGCCAUGGGGCCCUCCCUUGUCCUUGGGUAGGCAUUGGGCUCUGUGCACACACUCUAAUCCUGGGUGCUCACUGUUUCCUGGGAGGCUGUUGUUAUGGUGGAUAUCCAUGACUGUGGGAUGGCACACUUGUAUUCAUCUCAACCUGACCUAUGGAGGAUUCCCUUGGUCCCAGGCAUACCCUCAAACAUGAAGUUCCUGGGAGAUCUGAACGAAGUCACUUAGAGUUGAGACCUCUUGACUCAAUGGACUUCGGCCCUCCUGUCAGGUCCCUGGUCCAGAUUUCUCUGGGUGUGGGGAAAAUGAGGGGAUGCAGCACCUAGGUCUGGGCAGGGCCCAGGACUGUGUGAAGACUCUGGGUCUUUGCCCUGAUCCAGCACAGGGCCUGGCUGUGUGGAGAGCCAGGAGAGGCUCGUUGGUAAUCUCUCCGUCAUGGCUCUCAGCCUCUCAGUCCCUUUCACCUUCUUCUGUGUUCCCCAUGUCAUUUUUUUCUUGUGCUCCUAGACCCUUGUGGAAUAGGAGGGAAUAUUCUUCCUGAAUAUUCCUCCUGACUGGCUUGAGCUCAGUUAGCUCCAGGCAGACAUCAUCAUUUUGAGGCAGCUAGACCCAGAGAAGGGCAGACUCUGGCCCAGAGUCACAUAGCUAAUGGGGACAGACUCCUAACUCCAGCCCCAGGCCCUACCUGAGUUGCUCGAACAGCCUGUUAUCCUGGCAAAACUCUGGACAGAACAGCCAGCCUCAAAAAAAACAAAAACAAAACAAACAAACAAACAAAAAAACCAACCAAAAAAACACACAAAAACGGAAGCGAUCAGUCAUAGAUGUGGGAUAGAUGAGUAAGAGAGAAGCCCCAGUGGGCAUCCUCACAGGGGGUCUAUGCUGCCUGGCCCCCCUUCUGCAGGACCUUUGGUUAGUCCCCACAGCAUCUGCCCCUCCUGUCCGGGGCAACGCUCAGCUCUGGCAGCCAGCAACACACUCUCACCCUCUCCCAGCCCUAGUAAGCAUACCUGGCAAUGGGACUGCCAUCAUUUCUUGUGCCAGAAAGCUGAGUGAGGCCAGGGAAGGGAAGGAAAUGAUUCGAGGACAUGAAGUAAAGUAGCUGAGAUGGA